AUGUCUCAGGAUGAGGCAAAAGAUGUGCCAACCCCAUCGGUCGCAUCUGGCACGAAGUCUCGGACAUCAUUUUCUCGACACACCCGACGUUGGCCAGUUGAAGAGACCGACAACGACAAGAGCCAGACAAAGGAGCUUUUGACUUCGAGUGCACCACAUCCAGGGGACGUUUACGUCUGGGGCCUCAACGACAGGGAUCAACUUGGCGGUCCACGGGACUCGAAGAUCAAAUCGCCCGUCUUAAACCCCUCACUCUGUGACCUCAAACCCGCUCAAAUUGUCGGCGGUUCGAAGUGUCUUUUUAUUGUGACAGAGGCUGGUGAGGUGUACGCGUGCGGAGACACGUCGUGUGGCAAAUUGGGUCUGGGUGAGAGCGCUCUGGGGCCCACACAGAGCGAGUCCUCGCCGCUGGCCACUCCGCGUCGUCUGGUGGGCUGCCUGGGAGGCCACCGUGUGGUCAAGAUCGCCGCCCACUCCGGCAGCCGCCACGCCCUGGCGCUCACGGCGGAGGGGCGCGUGUUCGCGUGGGGCGAGGGCACCGCGGGCCAGCUGGGCGUGGGCACUCAGGACAACCACUCGAGCCCUCAACCAGUGACCGGCAUCGAUGCCUUUGUCGUCGAUGUCGCCGUGGGCAGCUGCUAUUCGGCCGCCGUGACUGCUGGAGGAGAGCUGUUUACCUGGGGACAGGGGAAGUCGGGUCGUCUUGGCCAUGGCGAUACGGAAGAUCGACUGGUUCCGACUAUGGUUCGAGCACUGGAGCCACACCAAGUUUUGCAGGUGGCCUGUGGCAGCCGGGACGCCCAGACGCUGGCGCUGACGGCGGACGGGAAUGUGUGGGCCUGGGGCGAUGGCGAAUUCGGCAAGUUGGGCCUCGGGCACACAGACACUUGCCUCACUCCCACCCCCAUACGCGCCUUCGUUCAUCAUCCGCCCAUUGUCUUUAUCGCAUGCGGAGCCCAAUUCAGCGUGGCCCUCAGUUGUAUCGGCACCGUCUUCACUUGGGGGAAGGCCGACUGCUACAGACUGGGCCACGGGGAUUUCACUCACGUCUACAUACCGGCCGUUGUGCGGGCGCUCUCUAGCCACAGGAUUGUGCAAGUUGCCGUCGGUGCCCUUCACUGUCUCGCCGUUGAUGCCAACAACAAGGUAUACUCAUGGGGUGACAAUGAUCACGGCCAGUUGGGCAACGGUCUUGCUCUGAUAAACAAAACACCUUCCUUGGUGGCGGAUCUUCCGCAUCUUGCCUCCGACAGUGUCCACCACGCGUCGUAUCGUGUGGCUUGCGGUUCGUCGCACAGUGUCGCCUACCUCUCCUCGAACGUCGCGUUGUCGCACACAGCAGUCCGCAUCGACGCCACUCGUGCCCUCUCCUCAGAAGGACUCUCUCCACCGCCCCAGUGGACCUUCAGCGGCUUUGUCGAUGCCCCACGAGGCAUGCUCGGCCACGUCUACACUGCGCGGGUUCUGUCCCAGGCGCUGAACAGUGAGCGUCGUGAAGACAUCGCGGUUCUGUUGGCCGCGUUGGAUAAGGGAAUUAGGUGGCGUCCGCUGCCCUUUCAGUCGCCUGUUCGUGACCCCCUUGGCUUCUCGUACCUUGACCUUAUUGAUGUCAGUGAGGAGAAUGAGUUGAAUUGCGCCACCGGUGCAGGUCAGGGCAACAGCUCCACUUCUGUGAGCUCAACCGCCACCCACCAGCUGUACCACCGGGCUCCACUCGCCUCCCCAGGCCCCUCGCACUCCUCCGCCUCGUCGAGCUACUCCGACGACAGCCCCGGCAACACCGGACCGCGCGGGGUGCGAGAGCGCGAACUCCGGGCGCCGUGCGACCAGCCACACCGCGCCGGUGGGCACACCUUCACCCCGCCCAGAGACCCCGUGCUGUUGGGCGGCGUGCCUAUCCGCGUGGGCGCGGGCCUGGGCGUUGCGCUCAGCCCUCUGGAGCAGUCAGUGGGUCGCUUGGUCGCGGGCACUAAGGCUACUACAACCAACGCGUCGGAUAUCACCAGAUUAGUCUUUAAGGCAGCUAAGGUCUCCGUCGCAAGGAACCUCAUGAAUGCUCUGGUGUUUUGGCUUUGCAUGCAGUCCGCGCGGAAUGAACCCACUGCCGCAGCACCCAACACAAGCAAAACUACUAGCCCACCCGAGGUAGAACAAUCCCAGGGACUGCAGUUCGCGGAUUGGUUGGACAGUCGCUUCUUGGUGCAGUGGCUCGACCUGGUGCGCUUGCACUUGCCUCUCCACAGUCCGCUGCCCUGGCGCCACAGGCCGGGGGAACCUGUCGGCUCUGCAGCGGCCCUUCUUCGUCUCCAUGUUCAUUGGAUCAUGCGCUCAAUGCAAGUUCUGCCUGGGCUUCAGUCCACUCUCCGCGCCUACUGCCUUCUUGACGUAGACGCCUUUGCAAACCUCCUCACCACGCUGCCAAGUGACGGUCCCUCUUCAAGACACUUAACUUCCUCCCCGCGGGAAUUCGCCCUCCUGGCCUCUAAAGGGACAGGUCUAGUUCUCGAGAGCACAGUUGGCACGAGACCGCAUCACUUCUCCGUUAACCCAGAUGUCUUCACACUCAUGGUUCCAAAUACACAAAUCGCUGAGAUGUUCCUACUGUGUGACACUUCCAUGGGCAGUCCACGUGGAGCCCUCCAGUGGCUAAUGAGUUUGGCUCGUCUCGCCUACUCUCUCGGUCCCGGCGAGUUGCCAGACGGAGACAGACAGUCCUCGCGCAGGCGUGACACCGUCCUGCCCUUCUUGAUGCGAGUCCGAGUCUGGGCGUCUGGAGCGCUGCUCUACGCCCUCCGCUCCUCCCCACCUCGUGUCACCUCCAACCUGCGCGAUAUUCUCCUGCUACUCGGAGGUGGUCGUGUUGAUGCCGAUUCACAGCCUGAUGACACUGUCUCCCGCGAAGAGGUGGCAUUCAGAUUGGGCUGGUUUCUAGACUGUCUGCCAGCAUUCAUCUCCGACCAGUAUGAAUACGAGCGCUUCCUCGUUGAGGACGGCCACCAACUGAAUUACAGCGUCUACUUGGCGCGCACAAUUCUUAUAGCGCUUGAACUCGGACUUGAUCGCACACCCCACCUCGAGUCAUGGUUUUCCACCGGCACAUCGCUUGCCUCGAAGUCCGCCGGCUACACCAUGAAGUCUCUGAAGGUCGCUGCGACCGCUCCGGCUCGGGAAGCCCUAUGCGGCUGGGAUUGGCUCUCCCGUCUGAUCCAGUGUCUCCGGCUUUUGGAUAACUUUGUUCAAAGACGACCUCUUUGUGAGAAGACACUGGAAACCCUGGAAGCGCAUUUCCCAGAAGGCGUCUUUCCCGGAGCACAAGAGGCGAAACAGGGAGAAAAUGGACCCAAGGAACGAACUUAUGCCGACCCACAACUCUUUGGACUCACCGAGGACACACAACUAGUCAGUUGGGUUCGAAUGCAUCCCGAUGAUUGGCAGGAUUGUUGGCCGUCCUACCGCGACCGGGUUUUGGCCUUCGGCUUGAACGACAGCGGACAGCUGGGUGGUCUGAGGGGCCACGUGGUGCGCACACCCUGUUUCGUGGUUCGUCUCAGUGAGAUCCGGCCGGUUUCUAUUGUUGCCGGCCUACUGACUCUCUUCGUCGUCAAUGAAGACGGCAAAGUGUUCGCUUCAGGCUACGCUUACAACGAUCGACUCGGCGUUCCAAUGAACGGUUGCGCCUACCACCUGGUGCCCGUGAAGAAACUCGACAAGACGCGCAUCGUCAAGGUCUCCGUGCACCCCUGUGGUCAGCAUUGUCUGGCUCUGGACGCCGACGGCGUCGUCUACAGCUGGGGCACUCAGACACACGGUCGUCUUGGCAACAGCGGGUUCUAUCACAGCAGGGUGGGCCCUCGAAUCGUUGCCCUGAAACCUUCCACAGAUUCCAUCCCACGAAAGUCGUUCCGCGUUGUUGACAUCUGUGCUGGUUAUGCAAGCUCCGCCGCCAUCACAGCUUCGGGUGAGGUGUAUACCUGGGGUCACGGAUUGUACGGUGCGUUGGGCCAUGGCGAAUUCAAGAACCAACGCCAGCCGCGUCUGGUGGAAGCCCUCAAGGGCCACCGGGUCACACAGAUCGCGUGUGCAGGCGCGGAGACCCCCACAUUGGCCGUGACGCCCGAUGAAGACGCUGUCUGGCAGUGGGGCAACGUGGGCUUCGUGAAGACACGGCAGCAGGAGCAGCAGGCACUUCACGCCAUGACAUCCACUCCCGCUCGAAUACCGGCUCUCCAGAACCAAGGCAUUAUACACGUGGCCAAUGGAGGAAAAUUUUGCGUCGCUCUGUCGAAGUAUGGCACGGUGUACACUUGGGGGGAGAACGGUGAGGCCUUGGGGCAUUGUGCGUGCACUCCUGUAUACUCUCCACGGCCCGUUGGGUCGCUAGCCAAUAGCCACAUCAUCGCGAUAUCCUGUGGCCUCUCGCACUGUCUUGCUUUGGACAACGAAGGCAAAGUGUUCUCAUGGGGUUCCAACACGUUCGGCCAACUGGGAGACGGUUCAACCACUGAUCGAGCGGUUCCCCAGCGGGUCGCUACACUCAGUCGUUAUCGCGCCAUCCACGUGGCCUGCGGUUCCUCGCACUCCUUUGUUUUCGUCAAGGGUGCAUACGCCACGGGACUUGUCCCUCCACUGCCCAGCCACCCGCCUCGUCAGCAGUUCCAUGCCAUCGGUCAGAAGCUAGCUACCCGUGCAGGACUUGAACCCGCUUCGCACGCUCACUUGCAGCUUCUGCGAAACCGAUUCCUUCUGCUCUGUCACUUUGCUCAGCAGGUGUUUGGUGCGGAGCUACUAGACGAGGACCACGCAGACAAGGAGCCCACUGAAUUGCUCUCUCUUCGUCUUAAAUCGUCCCUGUGCUUCGGCUUUUGGUCACUCGUUACGGGGUUUGUGGAUGACGGCCUGUCGACUGGGCGCCUUGCAGCUCUCUUGGCCUCGGAUCGGACUCAACAGGUUCUAGUGGCACGAGAUGUCCGAUUGGACACCCUGGCGAGACUCCUUCUGCUGGCGCGUAAGGAGUCGCUGUUUAGGCGGUACCUGCAAGCCACGACCAACCCCGUUCUCCCCCACGGCCCUGAAAUUCAAAUUACGCGUCUGAGUUUGGCGAGGUCUCAGAGGGAUGAUGCGGAGUCCGUGCAAACCAAAAUCUCUGAUCCGCGGCUCACCGUGUUCGCCCAGGUAUCCCGACACAUGCUUCAGGCCGAUGAAUUCGGCAUUGGCAGCUUCAGUUCCCUGCCCGCUGAUCGGACCGCGGAGAAGGAAUGCCGGUGGCGCCAAGAGUGCCUGAGCAACAUGCUCGAAGGCGACGGUGACAGCGACGUCUUGGUUCCUCGUGCCCCCGCCAUGUCAGUUCCCCCUCAGCCUUUCUUUUGGCUGCCCCGGCGCGUCUGGAAAGUGAAUUUCAUUGGAGAAUCUGUGGACGACUUUGGUGGCGGCUUUUCGGAUAGCAUUACUGAGCUGUGCGAGGAACUCCACGCUCCCUGGAGCGGGCUCCCUGUACUAACCCCAUGCACUCCCCGCCCCUCUCCGUCAGCCUCAAAUAGCGAAUCGGCCGAGAUGGGUGGCUUCAUCGUGAACCCUGAUUGUGCUCUGUUGGCUCCCAAUUGGUUGGUGUUCUUCGGCUGUCUUGUCGGCUUCGGUGUGAGAACGGGGCACUCGCUGAACCUACGUCUGGUGCAACCCAUGUGGCGCCUUCUGGCUGGCCAUGGUAGCGGUGCGGGCCUCCGUCUAGCCGACUUGAUUGAUUUGGAGGCAGAAGUCGGGGUCGAAGGUGGGCCUGUGGAGGCUGGAACCAGCACCUCAGCUGGCGGUGCAUUUGGUUUGUUCACAAUUGCCAAGAUGACAGCCGAGGAACUGAAUCAGUCGGAAUUGCCGUUCACCUGCCUCUCGGCCAAUCGUAGACACACAGUCAAUUUGGUUGGCUACGCUCGUGAGCUGGCCUCUUCACUUCACGCCACAGUGGACGCGGACAGCCUGGCCGCAGUCCUCGCGGUCGCAGGACUUGACGGCGCGCUUCCCUGGUCCGAGAUCCGGGCGUCGGCUCGCCGUGCUCUGGACUCGGCCUCAGCUGGGAACCUCACCGUAAAUUCGGAGACUAAACUGGCCUACAUCUUCGCCCUGCUCACGUACCGCCGUAGCGAAUUCGAACCUGCCAUUAGCCUGAUCCGUCGCGGUAUCGCUCAGGUGCUACCAGCGUGCAUAGUGACCCUCUUCACGGGAGAGGAGUUGGAAGAAAUGGUUUGCGGGGCUGCGGAGAUUUCCAUCGACGCGCUUAGAAAUGUCGUGACUUAUGAAAACCUUGCACCUGAUGAUGACUUGGUCAAGUGGUUCUGGCGAAUUCUAGAAGAGAUGACGCCUGUGGAGCGAUCUCUCUUGCUUCGCUUCGUGUGGGGUCGGUCCCGUCUCCCGAGAUUCGCAUCUGACCUUCGUGAACGACAGUUUCUCAUCCAAGUUCAAAGUGACUGUCGCCCUGCUGAUAUAUAUCUUCCAGAGGGUUCAACCUGCAUGUUUACUCUACGUCUUCCACGUUAUUCUUCCCUGGAAGUUUUUCGAGAACGCCUCACAUACGCAAUCUAUGGUUGCCGAUCCAUCGAUAGCGAUGAUUUUGUGGUAGUUCAGUAA